UUUGACGCUUCGACCUACCCAAAAAUGUGCAGCGGCAAAAUAAACAAUGGCACAGAAUCUGACUCCGUUUCCUGUACAGACAACGAAAUAUGGAAAAGGGAAAUCUAAAGGUUUCUCAAUCAUUCAGUUCAAUACUCCGAUUGGGAAAAUUUCUACAUGUCUGUUGGUUACUCUGAGCAAUAUUUCACAGAACAUUGUACGCGUAUGAGAAACCAAUCGCCCAAAACCACAGUAAUAACGUACUAUUGGAAAAUGGCUUCCGCCAAACCAAGAGCAGAAGAACAGAAGUCAUUACUUUCAAUAAUAAAAGAAUGUGGACUUAAGCCUUUGACGAAGAAGAAUGUUUUGUUCUACUACACGCCUGUUCUGGGUGCCGCAAGCUAUACUUUUUUGUCUGUAAAUGUUAUGAACCCGGGUUUGGUGGUAAGAUUCGCCCCAAAGCGUGAUGUCACCAACAUAUUGCUUUUCAGUACAUUUAUUGGAUCUGGAUUGUACAUUUAUAAUCGACCACAUUUAAAUGCUGCACCAUGGACAUUGCGAAUUGUUUAUAGCACUUUUGGUUCUGUCAUCUUUGCAUUUGGUUCAGUCCUCCUGUGGGCUGUACUCAGAAAUGCACUUCCUCAAAACAUGGCUCUUUGCAGCCUUGUUGGAGUAUCCUCAGGAAUCACACUUAUUGGAGUUGGACAGAACUACCUAAAUUUUGUAGAUUCACAGCUUGAAAUUGGAGGAUCUGAAUAAAAUACAUAAUUAAAUUUGGUUUAUCAUGUAAUUAAUUAUUAUUAACAGGUUAAACAGUAGUGUAACAUUUCAGUGUGGACAUUGAAUUGAAUUUGAAAAGUGAGACAUAAUAACAGGCUGUCAAUUAUGUUUAGGUUUGGACCUGUCAGAACUGAAGUACCUUUUAAAAGUUGAUAUAUUGAAUUCUCAUAUAAUAUAUCCAAUACAUACUCUAGUCUGUAAUAAGGAAAUUGAGAGAGAUGUUAACCAUUGUUUUGUGGAGUUUCUCAUGCUGCUUUUGAAAGAAUUAUAAAUUUAGAACAUUGUGAUAAUGUCCCAGUAUUUUCAUCUUGCAUUGGACACCAGUUAUACAGAACAAAUUUUUGUGCACUAACAAGUUUCCGAUGAUGCUUUUGGAUACUGUAGGUGAUAUCUGUGUUCUGUUGCUUAGCCAAUAAAGGCCAGAUGGAUGUGAUUA